UUUUACCAAAAAACAAAGGAAAAAAAAGAUACUACGAUUUCCGACCUCAUAUCCAAGUGAUUGGUCCCUCUCUCACCCGGCUUUGAGCUUUGUAAAUACCGAACUAAAAUCUCAUAAGUGAGAGAGAAAGCAAACAAGCAAGCAUCAGCCUCACACUAUGGAGAGCCUCUGCCUCGCACUCCAUUGCUCUCUCUCAGCCUCAACCGCAACCUCCUUCUCUCGCUUCUCCCAACUCCACCACCGCCCGAGAUCCCAAUUCAUCCACACCCCAUCUCUCCGAUCACCCACCGUCAGCUCCUUCCCCUCCAACCCCUCCCCCUUCAGAUUCCACCCCCAUGACCCAAUUCAAGCCUCCAAAUCCACGCCGCCACCACCGCCACUCCAGGGCGCGAAGCCAAUCCCUCUGGUGAUCUCACUAUGCAUAGGCCUCAUCGUCCGCUUCGUGGUCCCCAAACCCCUCGAAGUCACCCCCGAGGCCUGGCAGCUUCUGUCCAUUUUCCUGUCCACCAUCGCGGGCCUCGUUCUGAGCCCGCUUCCCGUUGGGGCCUGGGCCUUCCUGGGCCUGACGGCCUCUGUUGUGACGAAAACUCUGUCUUUCUCGGCGGCCUUCAGCGCCUUCACGAACGAGGUGAUUUGGUUGAUCGUCAUUUCCUUCUUCUUUGCUCGAGGCUUUGUGAAGACGGGCCUUGGCGAUAGGAUUGCCACUUACUUCGUCAAGUGGAUGGGAAAGAGCACUCUGGGCCUCUCUUAUGGGCUCACCUUCAGCGAAGUGCUGAUUGCACCCGCCAUGCCCAGCACCACUGCCAGGGCCGGUGGGGUGUUCUUGCCCAUUAUCAAGUCUCUCUCGCUCUCUGCUGGCAGUCAACCCUCCAGUCCUACCUCUAAGAGGCUUGGGGCUUUCCUCAUUCAGAACCAAUUUCAGUCUGCUGGUAACUCUAGUGCUCUUUUCCUAACUGCUGCAGCUCAAAAUCUGCUCUGUGUCAAAUUAGCAGAGGAGCUUGGGGUCGUAGUGUCAAACCCUUGGGUUACUUGGUUCAAAGCAGCUAGUUUACCUGCGCUUGUUUGUCUUCUUCUUACACCAUUGAUUUUAUACAAGCUCUAUCCCCCUGAAAUCAAAGACACGCCCGAGGCUCCUGCCCUCGCUGCCAAGAAACUCGAGAGUAUGGGCCCUAUCACUCAAAAUGAAUGGAUUAUGGUUGGUACAAUGCUUCUAGCAGUGUCUUUGUGGAUCUUUGGAGACACUAUUGGCAUAGCAAGUGCUGUAGCUGCAAUGAUUGGUUUAUCAAUACUCCUCGUAUUAGGAGUCCUCGACUGGGAUGACUGUUUGAAUGAAAAAGCGGCAUGGGAUACCUUAGCUUGGUUUGCCAUUCUGGUAGGUAUGGCAAGCCAGUUGACAAACCUUGGUAUUGUGAACUGGAUGUCUGAUUGUGUGGCCCACAACCUCCGAUCAUUCUCUUUGAGCUGGCCGGCCUCACUAGCUGUUCUUCAAGGAGCUUAUUUCUUCAUCCACUACCUUUUUGCAAGUCAGACUGGUCAUGUGGGGGCCUUAUACUCUGCAUUUCUUGCCAUGCAUAGGGCAGCCGGUGUUCCUGGUAUUCUGGCAGCGCUUGCUUUAGGUUAUAAUACAAAUCUUUUUGGUGCAAUAACACACUAUAGUAGCGGCCAGGCUGCUGUAUACUAUGGAGCUGGUUAUGUAGACCUACCGGAUAUCUUCAAAUUUGGGUUCAUCAUGGCUGUUGUUAAUGCUAUCAUCUGGGGAGGUGUCGGCUCUGUCUGGUGGAAAUUUUUGGGGUUGUAUUGAGUUUUCAUUUCCAUGUAAGUAAAUAGCACAUUUCCCGGUUUCAGUAGGCCUUUCUUUUUCCCGGCCGAAAGAAAAGGUCCUUGAAUUGAGGACAGUUGAGCUCAUCAUUUUGACAUGAAUUUUUCUUUCUGCUUUUGGCUUUGUUAGUUUUAGUAUUGUUGCCGUUUCUUUCUUUAGUUUACAUACACUCACUAAUAAUAUAUAUUUAUAAAGGCUUUUAAAGAAACCUAAAAGAUUUGACACU